AUGGGAGGCGCGGCCGCCCCCCGCGGCGGCGCUGAUUGGCUGGGCCGCAGUCGGGCCCGGGGCGGCGGGGAAUCCCGGGCCCCGCCGCGUUAUACCCGAGGGCGCGUCCCGCGGGCGGCAGAGGUGGGACGGCGGGCGGCGGUGUCGGACCGGUGCGCUCCCAUCGGCUCGUCUCACCGCGGAACGCACGGCACGGCACAGCCAGACACCAUGCCGGUAUCAAGAAUGCGCAUGAGGCCCUGGUUGGAAAUGCAGAUUAAUUCCAAUCAAAUACCAGGACUGAUAUGGAUUAACAAGGAUAAGAUGAUGUUUCAAAUCCCAUGGAAACAUGCAGCUAAGCAUGGCUGGGACAUGGAGAAAGACGCCUGCCUUUUCCGCAGCUGGGCCAUUCAUACAGGAAGAUAUAAAGUAGGUGAGAAAGACCCUGAUCCGAAAACCUGGAAGGCGAAUUUCCGCUGUGCCAUGAAUUCCCUGCCUGACAUCGAAGAAGUGAAGGAUAAAAGCAUCAACAAAGGCUCCAGUGCUGUCAGGGUUUACAGGAUGCUGCCGCCCCUGACAAAGGAUCAGAAGAAAGAAAGGAAGUCAAAGUCUUCAAGAGAAGCAAGAAACAAGAGCAAGAGAAAGUCGUAUGAAGACAUGAGGACGGAGGAGUCAGCAGAAAGACUAACCAACACUCCUCUGCCAGAUGACCACAGUGGCUACACCGUGCACGACUACACGGGGCAGGAAGUGGAAGUUGAGAGCACGUCCAUCACCUUAGACCUCUCCUCCUGCGAGGUGAGCGGCUCCCUGACCGACUGGAGGCCACCGAUGGAAAUCACCAUGGCUGACAGCACCAACGACCUCUACCAGCUCCAGGUGUCUCCCCUGGCUUCGUCCUCAGAAGUCACAGAUGAAGAUGAAGAGGAAAUUAAUUCAGACAUUUUUAAGCUGCUCGAACCAGCCCAAGACUGGCACACCACCAGCGUGGGGGGGAAAGGCUUCCUCACCAACGAGCCGGGCACGCAGACCAUGGGCACUUACAGCUACAAGGAGCAGGACAGGGAGAUCGACACGACUUCAGGAGACCUGGAGUUCAGGUUCUUCGACCAGAAGAGCAGCCUAGACUUCUCCUGGAUGGAGACAAUGAGACCUUCCAUGCAAGUCAUUCACUGCGGGUUGUAAACUCCUGGCUUCCUCCCACCACGAACUGCUCUGGGGUAGAAACUUUGACAAGCCUGAAGAGAAUGGAAGAAAUUGUUUGUUACUGACUGAAUGAAGAAGAAAGUAGCUUUUAUAUUCCGUUUAACUUUUAGGCCUGGAAAGGCUGGCAAGAAAAACCUCCAUUAUAAAUAUUAAAACAAAAAGGGCCCCCGUCUCACUAGCAGGAGCGCUGGCGCAGAGGAUGCUCAGCUGCAGUACGCACCUGGUCAUGGUGUCGGAGGUGAAGCGCUUGCUGGAAGGUUGUCGAUGUGGGGUACCGUGGGAUGGGGGGGGUUCCUGGGGAGGAGGGUACUGGCCUCCCCCUGCGAGCACUUUACCCAGGGAGUGCUCAGCAGAGACACUGCAGAGGAGUCUCUUACCUUCUAGUUUGGGUUGCUGCUUACCUGUGCAACACUGGUGAUGUCGAGCUUAAUGACUGUCGUUACACUUACUCAGAAAAAUUGCACUAAUUGGCCUGCUCUUCUUUGAUUUACUGCAUCACAUAUAGUUCACCUUUCAGAUCUUUCAAAACUCUGUAAAUACUUUAGACCAGUAAAAUGUGAAAAUUCAGUUUAGGCUUUGCUUCCAUGCAGGACGUUUAUCCCGGUCCACUCGUAGGACGUUAUCAGCUGGUAGGCAUGCCAGAGCUAUUUCCACGUAAUAGUUGAAGAGCUGCUGCAUGAAGCCAUGGGUUUUUUUGCACUGAUAGGGGCAGAGCUCUUUAUUUAUAGGCCGUGCCUUUGUGAGAUCCCAUCUAGCACUCCGCCGUGAUACCCACAGUACUGUACGUAGCCAGCUGCAUCGCCCCACAGACCCCCCGGGGCUGGCGCGAGUUGGGGCGCAGGAUGGAGGAGGUUCUAGUUGUUGGUGUCUAGUACAUAAGAAUCAAGUCACUAAGCUGUAAUAGACUAUUUUCCUGUACAUUUUAUUUUUGUAUAUAAAGUGUUGUAUAUUUGUUUUAAUAAAAAU